AUGGCUGCAACUGCUCCAGUUGCUAUAGGCACAAGGGGCACUGUAGGAUCCCUUGUCAGAAGGGAAAUUGAGUAUUUCAGUAAAUUUGAGUUGGAAGGAAGAGCUACAAGUUUUAGGAAACCUCAGGGACAAAUUAUUGACUCUGGCCAUUCAAGGCAUAGUUUCUGGUUCAUGAAAAUUAGCUGGAAAAGAAAGAAGCGAAGGGGUAGCAGCAGCGGGUUCCUACCAAGCGUCUGCUCUGCAGUAGAAGUUGCUGAUAGCAAUCGGUCGAAUACUAUACCUGGCUUCAAUUACAUGAUCCUCAAGAGUGAUGUGCAUAUUUAG